CACAACAAGAACAAAUCUAUCUUGGUUUAUACUUCACUUGAUCACUUACUCCAAACUCGGAUCCCAAUCUCCCAUCUCCCAUUUCUCUUCUACUCAACUCAAGCUAUUUCCCGUAAUUCAAAAAUACCAAGGUCUUCCUCUAUGAGUGAAGAAGCAGUGGAAUCUGAAUAAGGUUUGCAUAUAUGGCAUGCAUGAAGCUGGGGUCAAAAUCUGAAUCUUUCCGUCGCCAAGGCCAAACCUGGCUUUGUGCAACCGGGCUUCCGAGUGAUGUUAUCGUUGAAGUUGGUGAUAUGUCCUUUCAUCUUCACAAGUUUCCUCUGCUUUCCAGAAGUGCCGUAUUAGAGAAGUUAAUUGAAGAUCUUUCUGCUGAGGAUGGCCCAAGUUGUGUUUUGGAGCUUCACGACAUGCCUGGUGGAGCUAAAGCUUUUGAGCUAGUUGCUAAAUUCUGUUAUGGAGUUAAAAUUGAACUUACUUCCCAGAAUGUUGUCAGUCUUAGAUGUGCCGCUGAGCAUCUUCAAAUGAAUGAAUCUUAUGGAGAGGGAAACCUCAUCAAACAAACAGAAGAUUUCCUCAAUGAUGUCUUUGGCGAUUGGGCUGACUCGCUCAAAGCUCUUGAAGCAUGUGAUGAGGUUCUCCCACAUGCAGAAGAAGUCCAUAUAGUUUCAAGAUGCAUCAAUUCCCUGGCAACGAAAGCUUGUGCAGACCCUAGUGCGUUUGGUUGGCCCAAAUCAGGAGGCAAUAACAAAGAUGAUCCACGGGGUGAAUUCAUGUGGAAUGGAAUAUGUGCAGGACCUAACCCUCAGUAUUUUGGUGAAGACUGGUGGUACGAAGACGUGUCUCUCCUUAGCUUUCCUUUGUACAAGAGGUUCAUCAUGGCCGUUGAAUCAAAAGGGAUGAAACAAGAGAGCAUUGCUGGUUCCGUAAUGUUCUAUGGGAAGAGAUACUUGCCAGGAGUUUGCCGGCAUCCAAGCUUAAAGGAACAUUUGAGAUAUGCAAACCCCACCUCUUCUGUUACAGCUCUAUCAGAGGCUGAUCAAAGGCUUCUUCUUGAAGAGAUCGUGGAAUUGAUACCAAAUGAGAAGGGAGUCACAUUGACGAGAUUUCUUCUCAGAUUGCUCCGAAUUGCAAUGCUGUUACAUGCGAGCCCAUCAUGUAGAGAGAACUUGGAGAAAAGAGUGGGAAGACAGUUGGACCAAGCAACCUUGGAUGAUCUCCUCAUACCAAACAUUGGCUUUACAGUGGAGAACCUUUACGAUGUCGACUGUGUUCAGAGAAUUCUUGAUCACUUCAUGAUUGUGGACCAGAUGGAAGUGUCGUCUUCUUCUCCUUGUAUAAUUGAAGAGGAAUACGAGGAUAAGGAAGAGGACGAGGGUGUUAUGGAUGACCGGUUUCAACCACUGACCCCAGUUACAAUGGUGGCCAAGUUAGUGGAUGGGUACCUUGCAGAAGUUGCAACAGAUGUUAACUUAAAACUCUUGAAAUUUCAAUCCCUUGCAGCCUGCAUCCCCGAUUAUGCUAGGCAACUUGAUGAUGGAUUAUACCGCGCCAUCGAUAUAUACCUCAAGGCACAUCCUUGGCUCGUUGAUUCUGAAAAAGAGCAACUUUGCAGACUAAUGAACUGCCAGAAGCUCUCUUUAGAAGCUUGCACCCAUGCUGCGCAAAAUGAGAGGCUACCUCUUCGUGUAAUCGUCCAGGUACUAUUUUUUGAACAGCUUCGACUCCGCGCAUCUGUUGCUGGCUGGUUCUUUGUCUCCGAUAAUAUUGAGAACUCGCACGUUCCAAUUGAGAAUCUCCCACUCUUCAGGAAUAAUGCUACUUCUCAGUCUAACCGUGCAAAUUACCAAAAGGAAGACCAAGUCGUAGGCAUCGAUGACAUGAGGCAUAGGGUAUUGGAGCUUGAGAAGGAGUGCUCGAACAUGAAACGAGAAAUUGAAAAGAUGGAGAAAAGCAAAAGUGGUGGUUGGAACAUUCUUUCAAAAUUAGGAUUCAAAAAAUCACAGGCCACCGUAACAGCUUGUUCAGUAUCGGACACUCAACUACAAUGCAAAAUUCACCAAUGUCGAGCAUUUGAUAUUUGUUAAGGCAUUCAUUAUGGUUAUGGAAAAAGACCCAUGAGUUUGUAACUACUACUUUCAGGAAACGGCUCUCACUAAAGCAGCAAACACUGGACUGCAGAAAUUUAUGGAAAUACACUUGCACGAAGACAUAUCCCACAAGUGAGCUUCCUGGCUCAUGCUGGAUCAAUUUGGAAACUAUGGGAAAACAAAAUCAUUUUAACAUCACUUAUUAGUGUGCUCCUCUUGCAAAAGAGCAAAACGUGGUGUAAGAUUGUAAAUCAAUUAGUUAGUUGGUGCACCCAUCACAACAUUGAAACUAUUGCCGCAAUGCUAAGUCAUAACAACAUUCCAAAUCCCAAA